CCAGAGAACGCGUCUCCACUGCUCUAGAGUCCAGUGGCGGCGUGCUUUACACCACUGCAUCCGACGCUUUGCAUUGCACUUGGUGAUGUAUGGCUUGGAUGCAGCUGCUUGGCCAUGGAAACCCAUUCCAUGAAGCUCUCUGCGCACUGUUCUUGAGCUAAUCUGAAGGCCACAUGAAGUUUGGAGGUCUGUAGUGACCGACUCUGCAGAAAGUUCGCGACCUCUUUGCACUAUGCGCCUCAGCAUCCGCUGACCCCGCUCCGUCAGUUUACGUGGCCUACCACUUCGUGGCUGAGUUGCUGUCGUUCCCAAACACUUCCACGUUCUUAUAAUACAGCUGACAGUUGACUGUGGAAUAUUUAGGAGCGAGGAAAUUUCACGACUGGAUUUGUUGCACAGGUGGCAUCCUAUCACAGUUCCACGCUGGAAUUCACUGAGCUCCUGAGAGCGACCCAUUCUUUCACAAAUGUUUGUAAAAACAGUCUGCAUGCCUAGGUGCUUGAUUUUAUACACCUGUGGCCAUGGAAGUGAUUGGAACACCUGAUUCUGAUUAUUUGGAUGGGUCAAGGGAACCAUCAAUUGGUUCUUGCUCUCCCAUCAUCACUUCAAGACGCCAUCUACAGUGCCAACAAAUCUUGUACGAGACACAUCUGAGAAAUCAGAGGAACCCAAGUUGAAAGAAACCGUUACCCUGUUCAAGCAUCCACAUUUUUGUUCCAAACCUAAUGGAACUUGAUAGAAGGUUUGUGUUUUUAUGUGUGCAGUGUAUAAUGUAAAGGAAUGUUCAUUUAUGUAUCUAAUGUCAGGCCAUGGAGGCUAAUUUCUCAUUGCUGUAAAUGUGGAAAUAUCCAGUCUCUCUAAAAACACAUUGUUAUUUGAUAUGCCACUGAUAACUCUGUAUAACAGUUAUUCUUACUUUAUAAUCAGGCUUUUUGCUUCAUGGACAGCUUUAGGAGAUGAUUCAGUUGAAAGACGAAUGACCAUACCCAGUUUCUUUCACAGCGGUUACUGUUUGCCGAGGAGUAUUCGCUGGGAUGGAGAUGAUCAAUUGAACAGUAUGCAGAAUGUCAUUAAUGGAAGACAACCAAAGCCCUACAUUAUAGAGAUUUGCAAGAGUUGGGAAUGGCUUGGUCUUGAUAUAAGGGGGCCAUUCUCUAUAACAACGAACAAGCAUACACAUAUUAUGACUCUCACUGACUAUUAUUCCAAAUGGGUGGAGGCUUUUCCUCUGACACACAACAUGGUUCAAGAUGUAGCAGUGUUUCUUGCAGAAGUGAUCUGUCAGCUGGGAUACCCACUGGCAGUCCUUUCGCGAUUUCCUAAACAGCUUCUUAUAGAGAUUAACAAUGAACUAAACAAACUAAUAAACAUAAACACAAACAGCCUGGUCAUUCACCAUUGCCAAACAGAAUAUUUGGAUCAGGUUACUGAGUCUCUCCUGAACAAGCUAAUAUGUGAGCUAGUGAAGAAAUACGCAUAUACCUGGCACAUUUACCUGCCUGCUACAUGUCUACAGCUGUGCUGCACGGAGCAUCCCACAACUGGCCAGAAGCCCUUUACAGUCAUGAAAUGCAGUGGCCCUCCAUCCUUCUCUACAUACAGAGAACUGCCUUACAGCGAGUCUGAAAUUCGCCUGAGUUCCUUUGUCAUUUCCCCUGUUGAGGGCAGCAAAGAAAGUACCUCCAAGUAUUACAGUGCCCAAUCUAUUCUGCUUGGUUAGAGAGGAAUCGUAGGAGCAGAAGCCCAUUUCAUCACCUGAUGAAGUUAUUUACUAGCAGAUGUGCAUGUGAAAGUGUAAAGCUGGCCAAUGUGGCAAAAAAUGAUAUUUUUCUAUAUUGAUGAAUUAUUGUGUUUUGAAGAAUAUUCUCUAAAUAAUGCAGAAUGAAUAAACAAAAUGUGCCUUACUAUUUAAAAUAUUGAAAUAUUCUAAUAAAAAACAUCUUAACAGAA